GUGAACCUUUUCAAAAAAUGAAGGAUAGAUUGCUAAAGAAAUUAGGAGUACAGGAAAAAGAAUUCGAAAAGUUUAAGUUCGCGGUGGUGUCAAUGGGCAAGCCACAGUUCAUUAUCGACUCGCCGGACUGUUGUAUCAAAGUCGACGAUUUCCUUCCUAGAUUUUCCGGUCAGAUCUAUCCACUUUUAAACGCAGGCACAUCGCCACACAGGCCUUGGCUUGGCCUGGAACAUGUCAACAAAGCGCCAAAGCGCUCUCGUAUCAACUACCUCGAAAAGGCCAUUAAGAUUUACAAUUAAAUUUCCACCACACGAAGAAGAAAUUAAAUUAGGCAGCCACUUAUAAUAAUUUAUAUACGACUCUGUAUAGUAAGAGAAUGACGUCUGAUAUACUAAAGGUUGGAAAAUGCUUUUAUGUAUUCGUUUCUUCAGCCAGAUUAAAACUAUGCAAUUUUAAUACUGCGAGAACGAUAUCGGAAGGUAAAUCCAAGCUUUGUAUACGAUGAAUUAUAAGAUUGUCGUGAAAUGUGCAGUGCUAUUUUAUGCAUCAUGGAAGAGCGAUAAAAUAGUUCCUCGAUUCGAAUUUGUAAAAGUUUUAUUGGCCCGAUGCUUACUUUGGCGUCACUCAGUACGGAUUUUCGCCUAGACUUCGAGAAUGUUUGAUUAUAAAAUGCACAUACAUUGUACCUAAUAUUAUUGUGUCUCUGAUAAUUCUCUCUAAUAAACUAUUUCUUUCUUUUUUUUUAUUUUAUUUUAUUAGGAAAACGUGACUUUUGUGUGAGAAAUAUACCGGCUUUUAUCCUAUCAC